AUGGCCUGCAUGACCAACACAGUUAAACGUCGGUACUGGUUCAUGGUGCUAGCAACGGUUUUUGUUCUCACAUGGCUCAGCAAAAGUGCCAAGACUAUGGUUAAGAUGAUCGUCGCUGGUUCUUCUGUUUCGCAGCAUGCACUAAGAGAUGCGCGAGUGAAUCGGCAGUUGAGGGCAGACUUUCAAAUGACGGAGAAAAUUGACCGUGACGACGAAGAAAGAGUAGCAGAUCUCGAUUCUUCGAUUCAACACCUUAAUGCAGCCUUGAAAAAUGCCAAUGCGCUUGAGGCUAGGAUGCCCGAGGUUGGCAAAAACAUGGACAUUUUGUUAAAGAGCGAAGAGUUCCGGAAUUGGGCCGAGAAUAUCGAUUUCGUGAACCAGAAGGAUUUUGGAAAAGCUGCAGUUGACAAGAUUUCAAGACUCAUGACUCGCUUCAACGAGAAAGCGGUGAUUAGGAUGCUAGAAGACGGAAAGAAGGUCGAAGCGACGAAAUCUAUUGCCGAAGGAUUGGAAAUGGGUCUGGCGUUGAAGCGGACAUCGGAUGGAGAUCCGGACAAGGCUAUUGAAUUGCUAGUAGCUGUAGCUGGCAAGGAUGGUGUACCCAAUUUUUUGGGGAGUCCAUUUUUGAAGUACUGGAUUGACUACUGUGAGAAAACUAUGAAGAACCCGUAUUCGUUGCUUACGGAGUACUUUUUGCAGGAAUUCGGUGACAGAAAGCUAGCACACACUUUGGCUGAGGCAAAAGGCAGCGAUGCUGCGAGGAACGUGGCAACUGAAUUGGAGAAGCAGCUGAUCGAGAAGUGGGUAGAUAGUUCUAUGGAUGUUUUUAGGGAUUUGAAGUUUGAUAAAGCAGGCAUCGAUACGCCAGAGUGGGACACGUGGGUCUCGUAUCUGGUGAAGAAGUACGUCGGAGAAAAAAUCGGAGACGAAGAAGAAAAUGAGCUAGUGAUUUCAGUGCUGAGGAAGUACUUCAAAAACGACGACCGUCUAAGAAAGUGGAUCGCUAAAGCUAAAGGUGGUAAGAGGGAUGAACUUGUCACAGCUUUGGAAAGUACGCUUGAGAAAAUGGUAAGACCAACGACUGCCGAGGAGCUUGAGGCUGGCACGACCAAGUUUGACGAGAAGAUGGAAGGCCUGCUAGAGGAGAGCGCCUAUUCCAAAACAUGGGCCAAGUAUGUGGAACAAAAAUCCCAAACCGAGCACGAUCCUGCUGUAGGCGCUAAAAUUGACAAGAUUUCAACGCUUAUAGCUAACUACGGCGAAGAGAAGGUGAUUGAGAUGCUAGCGACCAAUAAGAACGUCCCAGCCAUGCGAUCUUUUGCUGAAUCCUUGGAAUUGGGUUUGGCGCUGAAGUGGACAUUGGAUGGACGUAUGAACGACGUUAAAGCAUUGCUAGCAGCUGGCAACAACGAUGUUACCACUUUUUGGGGGAGUCACCUUUUGAAAGAUUGGAUCUACUACUGUGAGAUUAGGAUGAAAAAGGAUCCAUAUUCGCUCUUGCUUACGGCGUUACUGCUCGAAAAAAGUGACGAUGCUGCGCUAGCAAAACAGCUUGCUGUGGCAAAAGACAGUGUUGCCGCAAAGAAUGUGGCAGCUAAAAUGGAGGAGCAUCUGAUGGCGAAGUGGUUGAGAGAUGGAGUGGGUGGUGACACUGUAUUCGAGAAGCUUGAGCUCAAGAAAGCAGGCUUCGAUAUGAUCAAUCAACCAGAGUGGGACACGUGGGUCUCGUAUCUUGAAAAAAUCGGAGGAACAAGAAAAUACUCGCUAGUAUUCUCAGAGCUGAAGAGACAAAAUAUCGACGUUAAGAAGUUGUUAAAGGCAGCUCAUACCUAUAAGGGUCGGGAUCGUGCCAUUGCUUUCAUAGCAUGGCUUGAGCGUCAGAAAGCGGCACAAGAGCUUACAAAAUCAAAUAGGAUGGCUGAAGAGAACGACGGCAAAGCGUUGCAUACGAUGAAGCGCCAACGAAACGACGAUGGUCAGUAA